AGAGUGUUGGCAACAAACCUCAAAAUGGCAGCGCGCAUCGCCUGCACGAGUGUGCGAAGAUGUGUUCAACAAUCAACGAGAUUUGGCGUACAUAACUCAUUUUCAACUUCUGAAUCAUGCCGCGUCAGACGUGCACCAAAGGUGAUUCCAGAGAAACAAUAUGAUCCCGAAUCAGUUUCAUCUUUCGAUAAUGACUUCUUUGGCAUCACCUCGGAGGAAGGCACCGUCACAGUGGAUAACGUGCUAACCGACAAACACCAAAGGCUUCAAAAGUUCGCACACCUUACACGGAGUCGAUAUGCGAAAGUGUCUGACGAGAAAGUACGCGAUGCCACUUUUGGGAUUAUUCGUUACGACGCUGAUAAUUCGCCGAAGUAUCACGGGCAAUACGAGGAUGAUACUCUUCUGGACGAGGCUGGGUUCCAGUUGGUAGAGGACAAAUCUGCUCGAAGAGUAACGCAUGAUACGACGGUUGGCUCGAAAGAUGAACCGGAGCAGACUCUGAGCGAAGGUGUGCAGCCGACCGACUCUGUCCCUUUAGUAGAGGCGCAGGUCGCACCCAGCAAGAAAAAAGAAAGGAAGACAAAAACGAAACCAGCAAGAGCACCGGACAAUGAUUCAGCAGGAACGCAAGCGCCACCGCAAGUUACUGUAGAUAUGACAACUUAUACGCUGCACAACAAAAAUUCAGUUGAAACAGUGAGCGACUGCACAUUAGACAGCCCCGAUUAUGUUCACCCUGUCAGCAGCUCCACAGCCCCUGGUAGCAAUAGCUCAGCUGCUGAAUUGAGUAUUGGAGUGCAUGAUAAACGAGCUGAAACUAGAGAGAAGCUGCAGAAAAAUGCAAGCAAAGCAGCCCUAGAACAAAAGGUUGAACAUGCAACACAUCCCCGCAAGCAAAUUAGAGAGAAGCGCAACACAUUAAAGACGCGUACCGAAGAAACUGAGUUUGAAAUUGACGAUAAUGCAGUUGAGGGAUCACAUAGUACCGCUUUUGAUGUAUCUAUACCGGUGAAACUCACAAAAGACACCAUUCAAGAAGAGUAUAAGCCCGCACUCGAGCUAUCUGCCGCAAGAAAGGAAAAGUCCGAAGACGAAGAGCCACGAAAGACAGCGUAUGAAUAUCUGAAGGGCAAGUCGCCACAAAGUAAUGACACCAAACUAGACAGCAAAGGUUUCCACAUACUCAAGUCAGAAAUCCGUCCUCAAAUUCACCACCUUCUUAGGUCUGAAGUGGUCGCGUUGCUGCACAAGCGUGUCCUGUACAAUGAUCACGACAUUGUAGUUCUCGACAAGCCUUAUGGCAUGGUUAUGCACGGAAAGGCGGAGGGCUUACCGCAGAGCUGCAUUUUGACGUCGCUUCUUCCCGACUUGGCGGAAGCGCUCUCACCGCGCUGCACCAAAAUCGACAAACUUUACACCGUACACCGUCUGGAUAGAGAUGUCACCGGGACGCUGCUAUUGGCUAAAACGCAACGAAUGGCCGACACGCUGCAGUCACUUUUGGAGCGACGACAGGUCACCAAGACAUAUUGGGCGAUCACUCGCGGAGCUCCCGCCAACAACGAGGGCAUUAUUGAUAUCCCCAUCGCGGAAGGAAGCGUUGGAACGGCUCGUAGAAUGGUGCUCUGUCCCAGGCUCGAACCCGAGUUUGAACACCUUGUUCCAAAGUUCAAAAAGACGUUCCAAGCGGUAACGAAGUAUCGGGUCUUGGAUUCGAGUACCAACGCUGCGUACUUGGAACUAAAUCCAGUAACUGGGUUUCAUCACCAGUUGAGAGUGCACCUCGGAUUUGCACUGCGUUGUCCGAUCCUCGGGGAUCAUAAGUAUUCGCACCUGCGUCAUUUAGCACCGCAGAAGUUACCGGGAGAUAUGUUGCAGAAGUUGGGCGUGCGACAAGCGAAAGUUCGCGACGUACCGCUGCACUUGCACGCCAGGCGGAUUGUUGUACCUGAGGUGCUAGAUGGGAAAAACCUUGUAGUGAUUGCAAAUCCACCAUACCAUUUUGCGAAAAACCUCAAGCGGUUGAAGUUGAAGAAAGACUGAGAAAAUAGGGCUUGUAGAACUGUGGAAGUUUAGUAAAAAGAAUAUGUGGAUGUAUGUUACUUGUACGUUGGCAAAUAUGAUGAUGCAUAGUUGAAUCCUC